AUGAAACACUUCCAUAUUCUUCUGUGUCUCCUUGAAUCUCUUUUCCGUGUGUUUACUCAAUGUACGGACGUGGCAGAAUCAGAAUUUUGGCUGGAAGGAGAUUAUUUGAUCGGUGGGCUUUUUGAUAUACAUCAGGACAAUACCACUUCCCAUCACAUCAGACCAGAAGCCACUGACUGCUCCAGUAAAACGCUAACUCUGUCAAGUUAUCGGAGGUUUCAGUUGAUGAGAUUUGCUGUAGAGGAAAUCAAUAACUCCACCAACCUUUUGCCAAAUGUAUCUCUUGGAUAUGAGAUUUUUGACCACUGUUCAGCAUCACAGAACUUUCCGGGGAUUUUUGACCUCCUUUCAGUCAAUGGCUCAGUCUACCCUUGGGGUGAGCUACAGAAGAAUCUGUCCAAAUAUUCAAAAGUCUUUGCAGUGGUUGGGCCCUUUUCAAGCAGUGAGACCAUGACUACAGCUCCACUCUUCAUGAUGGAUCUAAUUCCUAUGGUCAGUUAUGGAGCUGCUAGCUCUGCUUUUUCAGAGAAAGUGAAAUUCCCCUCGUUCCUACGAACAGUGCAUUCAAAUGAAGCCAUCAUAGAUGUGAUUGUUGAAAUCAUAUUGCAUUUUAAGUGGCGCUGGGUUUCUUUUCUUCAGAGCAAUGACGAUUUUGGCACCAAUGGCCUGGAGUUGUUAAAAAAGAAGAUUGCCCGCACUGACAUCUGUCUGGCUUACUCAAAGACCCUUUUUGACAAGACAAAUUCCAGCCAGAUAUUCAAACAGAUCAAUGCACAAAUGAUUACUGUCAUUAUUGUUUUUGCACCAAAACAGAUUGCGGAAGCUCUUAUUCUAUCAGCAAUAGAGCUAAACAUCACCAACAAAGUGUGGAUAGCAGGGGACACCUGGUCCUUAAAUGAGAGGCUCCUCAAGAUGAAAGAAAUCAGGAGUAUUGGCACUGUUCUUGGAGUAUCUCAAUCAGUUGUGACGAUACCUGGUUUCAGUGAUUUUAUCUAUUCAACUAUCGAUCAUUCUCUGUAUGGACGUGAAGAACAGCAGACGUUUUGUAAUCAACUUUGCAGCUGCAGAAGCCUCAGUGCCAGUCGUCUGGUCUCUAUCGAUCCGUCUUUCUCUUUUGCCGUUUACUCUGCCACGUACGCUGUUGCUCAUGCCUUACACAAUGUCUUGCAGUGUGGAGACGGUAAAUGCAACAGCAGUAUUACAGUAUACCCAUACAUGGUUCUAGCAGCGCUGAAGAAGUCCAAUUUCACACUGCUGAAUCAUAGAAUUCAGUUCGAUGAAAAUGGCGACCCUAAUUUCGGAUCCUAUUCUAUAGUCUUCUGGAACGCGAGUGGGGACGCAGAGGAGAUCGGCGUUCAUACUUUUUUCCCAUCAGUCCAUUCUUGCAUCAACGGCAGCAAAGUUCAAUGGUACACAAAUGGAGAGGUGCCGACUUCACUGUGUUCCACAGAAUGCUCUGACGGAUACGCAAAGGAGCAAGACGGAAUCCACAAAUGCUGCUUCACUUGUGAAAUCUGCCCUUAUGGGAGUUACGUGAACAGCACAGAGGACGCCUACACGUGCAUGCCAUGUGCAGAGACAGAAUGGUCUACAGAAGGAAGUACGUCAUGUAAUCUUCGGUUGGUGGAGUACAUCAGAUUCACAGACGGCGAAGCCAUACUGAUCAUGGUCGGGGCCUUGGUCUUGGUGGGCAUCACACUCGCCAUGUCUGUUCUCUUUGCCAUUAACUACAACACUCCUGUUGUCAGAUCUGCUGGGGGACCAAUGUGCUUCCUAAUCUUAGGCUGCCUCGAUCUGAGUAGUGUUAGCGUGUUCUUUUACAUUGACAAGCCAACACUGUCUUAUUGCAUCCUGAGGUACUUGCCAUUCUUUUUGUUCUUCUCUGUCUGUAUUGCAUGCUUUGUUGUGCGCUCUUUUCAAAUCGUUUGCAUUUUCAAAAUAGCGGCCAAGUUUCCCAACAUCUACAGUUGGUGGAUAAAAUAUCACGGACAAUGGCUGAUCAUCACUAUGAUAUUUGUUACUCAGGCACUCUUAUCACUUAUUGGCUAUUCACAUGGACCCCCCCAGCCUUACAAUGAAACAGUGUGGUAUCCAGAAAGAAUCAUACUUCGUUGUGACGUGAGUUUGAAAGCAAAUUCUGCUUCAGCAAUUUUACUUUUAUUAUUGUGCUCCCUUUGUUUUGUUUUCUCCUACAUGGGGAAAGACCUCCCAAAAAACUAUAAUGAGGCCAAAGUAAUAACUUUCUGUCUGCUCCUGCUGAUCCUCACCUGGACUGGUUUUGCCACUGAAUUCAUGCUUUACCGUGGCAAGCAAAUCGAAACUCAUAAUGCUUUGGCAAUACUCUCCAGUCUUUACUCUUUUCUGCUGUGGUACUUCCUGCCAAAAUGUUACAUCAUCCUUUAUCAGCCUCACAAAAACACACAGAAGUAUUUCCAAGACCUCAUUCAGAAUUAUACCAAAACAAUUAGCCAGUAG